UAUUUGCAUCGUGAUAUUAAGCCAGGUAAUUUUGCGAUUGGUCGCAGGGAUUUGCGACACAUCUAUUUACUGGACUUCGGGAUGUGCCGCAAAUAUCUCAACAAACGAGCAUCCAUACGCAAUCCACGACGAGCCGCUGGUUUCAGAGGCACUAUUAGGUACGCAUCGAUAAGUAGUCAUAUAUCGCGAGAACAAUGCAGAAAGGACGAUUUGGAAAGCUGGAUGUAUCAGCAGGUUGGCUCGUUUUCAUAUCCUAAUAGUUUGGAUGAGGGAUUCUAA